UGCUGACUGUCUGAGGGCCAUGUUGUCCAUGGCAUCACUGCCUCAUAUAAUGAAGCUCCCCCGUGUGAGCUUGAUGACUAGCCCUUCAUAUAGGAUUCCAGCCACAAUGUUUCUGGACGUACAUCGGCAGCAGAUCGGCACGAAAAGAAAUAUCUUCGAAAAUAUCGAGGCGAGACUCGAGGCAUCGCUCGUCAAUGGAUUGUCGCAGGGUUCAGAGAUUUUCACACAUAUGAAGGAUAACCUGCUGACCCGGGUCCAAGAAGCCCUGAAACAUCUGAAAGAUUUCUUUUUGCUUAUGGCUCAACUGAGAAGUAUGACUUUCCACAAAUUAUAUAUUGUAGUAGUAGUUGGCCUCCACCUAUAAAUAUGUUGAAGAUCCGUGGCAACAUACCGAUCGCACCCCGACUCGCUUCUUAAAACAAAUCAAGCAAAACAAGUGUACAUAGAUAGCAAAAAUAGACGAUGCCAGCACGACGAUAUUUCGCUAGUACAGAAUACAUUUACAUUAUACAGCGUCGUACUCGUAGUUGUAGAGCGAACAGUGUUUUGGGAAACAUUGUCUGUGCCUUUGCGGCACAGGAUGGUGGUGUCUGUUGAGAAGCAAAACUGAAUAGCGUAAUCAGAUGUCUCCUGCCAACCUCCGGGAACUAUUGCGAAGGACCCCUUAACGCCACUGCGAUCCUGUGCUGCUCUCUAAGAAUUUAUCACUUCCUGUAGAUUUCGAACCAUGAAGAUGGACACUAUGAAAUACUAGCUCUCUGGAGUGGUUCCCCAGGGGCAGGCGUCAAGGGAAUUCCAAAAAAUUUGCUAGAGCAAUGAACUGCAGAUGAAUGUGCAAGGAAAGCAAGCAGAUGCUUCGGUCCAGUGUUGAGAACUUUGAUCCAAAUUUCAACACUUUGAUCCAAAUUUCAAUACUUUUAUCAAAAUUUCAAAACUUUGGCCCAAAUUUCAAAACUUUGGUCCAAAUUUCAAAACUUUGAUAUUUAACGUUCAAAAUUCAAAAUCAAAACUCAAAAUCAAAAUUCAAAAUCAAAACUCAAAAUUCAAAAUUAAAAUUCAAAACUCAAAAUUCAAAAUCAAAAUUCAAAACUCAAAAUCAAAAAUCAAAACUCAAAAUCAAAAUCAAAAUUCAAAAUCAAAACUGAAGAUCAAAAUCUAACAUCACAACUCAAAAUCAAAACGUAGAACUUCAAGACUCUGGUCCACAUUUCGAAACCUUGAUCCAGUGUUGAGAACUUUGAUCCAAAUUUCAACACUUUUAUCCAAAUUUCAAAACUUUGGCCCAAAUUUCAAAACUUUGAUACUUAAAAUUCAAAAUCAAAAUUCAAAACUCAAAACUCAAAAUUCAAAAUCAAAAUCAAAAUUCAAAACUCAAAAUCAAAAUUCAAAAUUCAAAACUCAAAAUUCAAAAUCAAAACUCAAAAUCAAAACUCAAAAUCAAAACUCAAAAUUCAAAAUCAAAAUUCAAAAUCAAAAUUCAAAAUCAAAAUUCAAAACUCAAAAUUCAAAAUCAAAACUCAAAAUCAAAACUCAAAAUCAAAACUCAAAAUUCAAAAUCAAAAUUCAAAAUCAAAAUUCAAAAUCAAAAUUCAAAACUCAAAAUUCAAAAUCAAAAUUCAAAAUCAAAAUUCAAAAUUCAAAUUCAAAAUUCAAAAUCAAAAUUCAAGAUCAAAAUCAAAACGAGGGAAAAACUUUAUACUGUAAGAGAUUGGUAAAAAAUUGGUGAUUAUCUUUCUCGCGCUGUUUGUAUUUCCUUUUUGUUUUUUCUGUACAUACUGCACCGAGCCCGAGAACUAGAGGGGUAAGCGUUGACUAUUGGCGUGUUUCCGCAUGAUGAUGAUCCGUCACUUCAUGAUGAUGAUCCGGUUUUUAAGUAAGAGAUUCGGAUCAUCAUCAUGAAGUGAAGGACCAUCGUCAUGAAGUGAGGGCCGCGGCGGAAUAACUACAAGCAAAGGAGAGUGCAUAAACAUUAUAGCAGCCGUCCCUUUCUACCAUGACUCUAAUUUUAACGGGGUGAUCGCUGGAAUUAUGGGACUUCUGGUGAAUGUGAUUUCUCGUCUCAUCAUUGCAAUGGUCGUGACGGUUGCGCCCCCUGGCGUUGCGGAGGCCCUGAUGCUCGUGCUACCGACAGCUUUGUGGGGGAUGCUCUUAAGAAUGAUUUCUAAUGAUCCUCCUGGGCUCGGUGUUCCAUUUAAAUCCACUUCCACAUGAUAUUGGAACGUUCCAUCUUCAUGAAAAGACGCUUUUUUUUCUAUCCAUCAUGAUAGUGAGAGCUUCUUCCACACUUAAAUCCACUUCCACACUGGAGGAUGGGUAAAAAUGACCUGAGAACAGCUUAAGAUUUGAAGGGAGCUUUCUCUUGUUAUAACUGAGAUGCCAGGAUGAUGGAAAGGAAAGCUACCGCUUCUAAUGCUUAGCAAGGCUCACGUUGUCGCCUUGUUUUCUGAGGCGUUCGACAAGGCCAAGAUCCUCGAAAAAAGCGCAAAAGCACUGUUCGAUGCGAUUUUUGCGGAGGGUGUCGGGGGCUUGGGAUCGGACCUGCAGGCCACGAUUCUUACGCAUGUAGCAUUUACUUCUUUGUCCAGUACCUGAUCUCAAGUUUAACUUGCAUCAUGUAGCAGCUACUUGUCUAUCAUUUUGUGUUAGUGUUUUUACUGUUCUUAGAUAGUAGGAUCCAUCGCUUGAUCGCUUGAUGAUCAAGGGUCGUUUUUCUUUCUUGGAUGCCUUUUAUUGUUUGAUGCUAAGAUGAUCCUAUCCACUGGCACCCGAUGUUGGAUAUGGUGGAGAUGAUCAUCUUAGCAUCAAACAAUGGUGGAUAUGAUAGCUUUCUGUAGGUGGAGGUAUUAAAGAUGUGAUACCUUUCUGUCAGUGUUGCUUCUAGAAGUAUAUCUUUCAUCUUGCUUAGUUAUCGUACUACUUGGAGAAGCCUGGUGAAGAGGGGCCAGCUCGUCCGAAGUGUGUUUUUCUGUAGGUGGAGAGAGACUGGAUCAGUGACGAGGCGUAGGUAUUAGGUAUGAGGCGAUGUCAGUAAGAAUAGCUAAGAUCAUCUCGACGAUGCUGACAUCGUUGGUCUUUGUUAGUUAUAUCAAGUCACCAAAACCACCAAGCAACAGCACAUAAUAGUAUACUUACAAUGGAGGACACAAGCUUCAAUCAUCCACUCUCUAAAGACCGCGACAUUUACGCCAAAGAGAUAAAGCCCAAGCUGGCCACUUUCAAGGACAACGUGCAGUCGUUUUUUACAGGGAAGUCAAAGUCUGGUCUAAUCAGCUUGUGAUUUAGUUCAGAGACUUGCUACAAACGCGUGACUUGACUGGCUCCGUUUGUUUCGCGGUGUAGGAGCUUUUUACUUUUAGACUUCCAUCACUCUGAUGAUGAUCAGUGGUAGUGGUACUACUAGAAUGUUCACCACAAUAAGGAUGGAGCAAAAGUAUGAGGGCGAAACCCUCCAUCAAGAAGUAGACCUGUUCCAAGAGCAAAGAUAGUCUCUCUUCUGCUUCAUCAAUACAUAUGCUGCACAAGAAGUGAACUAUAAUCACGUCAAAAACCAUACUGAUCUACUUCAAUUCCGAUACUAUCAUUAUUUUUCUGGUGCCCCAUAUGUUCAUCAUAUUAAU